AGCAAGGCCCUCUUUCUUGUCAAAAUGGCAGCGCCCAGCAUGCUGCGGGGGUAUCUCUAAGACGGGGUGGGGAUGUGGCGGUUAAGAGCCCUCCCAGGAGAAUAAGCCGAGUACCGCAUUUCAGAUUUUGAAACACCCAGGUUUGGGUCUCCUGGGCGAGCGGUGGGAACUGCGAUACUACGUCCUGCAGUGGCCUCCCCAUUGUACAUUUCCGUCAGCAGUGCGCCAGGGUCCGGAUUUCUCCAGGUCGCGGAUACUGUCUCCUUUGGGAUUAAAACAAGCUAAAAAAGUCUGUGAAAGAAGUUUCUACAAUGGUUCGUUUAGCACUCAGGAGAGUGGCCCACAUGCAUGUCUACCUGGUGAGGAAGGCCAGCAGCGUCUCCAAAGGCCAUCAUCAACAGUCCGUGGGCUCGAGACCUGCUGCUUCAGAGUUUGCUGCGCAAGGAGCACCGGGCAGCGUGCUGGAGCUGCUGGGCAAAUCCUACCCUCAGGACAGCUACAGCAACCUCUCCCCGAAAGUCCUCUCCAGGGUUGGGAGGAAUCUGCACAAUCAGCAGCAUCACCCUCUUUGGCUAAUCAAGGAGAGGGUGAAGGAGCACUUCUACCAGCAGUAUGUCGGCCGCUUCGGGACUCCGCUGUUCUCCGUCUAUGACAACCUUUCUCCGGUGGUCACCACCUGGCAGAACUUUGACAGCCUGCUCAUCCCAGCCGACCACCCCAGCCGGAAGAAGGGAGACAACUAUUACCUGAAUGGGACUCACAUGCUGCGAGCACACACGUCUGCACACCAGUGGGACCUGCUGCGUUCUGGGCUGGAUGCCUUCCUGGUGGUGGGUGAUGUCUACAGGCGUGACCAGAUCGACUCCCAGCACUACCCGGUGUUCCACCAGCUGGAGGGCGUCCGACUCUUCUCGAAGCAUGAGUUAUUUACUGGCAUAAAGGAUGGAGAAAGCCUACAGCUCUUUGAACAGAGUUCUCGCUCUGCCUAUAAACAGGAGACACAUACCAUGGAGGCCACAAAGCUCAUUGAGUUUGACCUUAAGCAAACGCUUGCCAAGCUUGUGACACAUCUUUUUGGAGAUGGACUGGACAUUAGGUGGGUAGACUGCUACUUCCCUUUUACGCAUCCUUCCUUCGAGAUGGAGGUCAGCUUCCAUGGGGAGUGGCUCGAGGUUCUCGGCUGUGGGGUGAUGGAGCAGCGGCUGGUAAAUUCAGCUGGUGCUCAAGAUCGGGUAGGUUGGGCGUUUGGCCUGGGAUUGGAAAGACUGGCCAUGAUCCUCUAUGACAUCCCUGAUAUCCGCCUCUUCUGGAGUGAGGAUGAGCGUUUCCUGAAGCAGUUCCGCGUGUCAGAGAUCAACCAGAAGGUGAAAUUUCAGCCUCUUAGCAAAUACCCUGCUGUGAUAAAUGACAUCUCAUUCUGGUUACCCUCUGAGAAUUAUACAGAAAAUGAUUUCUAUGAUUUAGUACGAACAAUUGGAGGAGACCUGGUGGAAAAAGUUGAUCUGAUAGACAAGUUUGAACAUCCAAAGUCGGCCAGCACGGAGAAGAGACAGAAGGAACUUACAAGAUGGAGGUGUUUGGGAGGGGGCGGUUCUGGUGGUUCUAAGAGACACACAAGAGAAUACAGGAAAAGCUGGGCAUAUCAACUAGACACACAAGACCAGCCACUGCUACCGCAUCACCUACCGCCACAUGGAGCGGACCCUGUCCCAGAGAGAGGUUGGGCGUGUCCACCAGGCUGUGCAGGAGGCCGCCGUACAGCUGCUGGGCGUGGAGGGCAGAUUUUGAUGGCACUGCUUGGACCAGGCUGCAGCCUCUUGAGGCUCCAGGAUUUCUGAGGGAGAAAAGGACUUUGUGGCCUGGGGCAUCAGUCAUGUUUUGAUAAAUGGGUCAGUUUUAGGACUUUCCAAAAAUAAAGGAUCGCUCUUGAGAAACUGUUGA